AUGACUUUUGCAUCUACAUCGCCGUCGAAACUCUCAGGGUCCUACUUGUCAUCCAAAAAGCUACCUCCGCCUCCUCCGCCUCCUCAGCCUCCUCAGCCUCCUGAUCCACCACUACAUACCCACCAUCAUAAAGAAACAGUAAAUCUUGUUUAUGCACAUUCCUCGAUAGGGUCAGUUCCCAUGUCAGACUCCACCAACAACUCACGAAAUGGAGAUCGGCGUAGCCCUGUUGAAGCUGGGUUUGCCAGUUACAAUACCGAUUUCAGCUCUAGCAGUGACAGCGGUACUGAUUAUAGUACCAAGAACGGUACCCCCAGCAUACAUUAUGACAAGAUCCGGACUUCCAGUUUACAAACAACGCCGUCUUCACGACUGCAACCAAACUCAACGGCCAUGCGGCCGUCAGGAUCGACUAAUUCAAUGCUUAGUCAAGAAGAUGUUGAAUACUACUACACAAAACUCAUAAAUUACGAAUUCCGGAAUCUUCAAUUGGACACCGAGCUACAAAAGAUGUCAUUGUUUGAUCUUAUUGAUUACUGUGAGUCCUUAUACGAACUUGCAAAUGAAUCGACAGAUCACCUACAAGCUAUCAAAAGUUAUACAAAGGGAUUCUUGAUAUUCAACUACUUCAUAAACAGUUUUGUCAUGUUUCAUUUUGAUGGAUUUGAUGCAUUCAUAGAACUGAAUGAACAAGAUUUCAUUAUAUACUUGAACAUUUUUGCAUUUUACAAUACUGAACAAGCCUUCCAAAAUGGCAACUACACGGUGUCUUCAAGCGAGUUAAGACUAUUUAUUAAACUGUACUUGGUAAAGAAAAACUUGUUGAGUUUUGAUCUCGAUGAGUUGUACGAGUGGUUGUUUCAGUACAUUGACUAUCUUCGAGACAAGGAUCAACUGGCAGACGAGAUUGGUUUCAGAAAGGGAACGGAAGAAGACGCACAAAAAGUGACUCUAGAUGGAUCAGAUGGAAACAGUGACGUUGGAGGUCAAGAAGAAUACACAGAUUCGGCUUCUGAUGCCGAUGAAGUGUCGAAUGGUGCAUACGACGACGAGUUAUCAUUUGUCAGAGUUGAUCAUCCUCCAACUCCAGGAAUGGGACGUCAAUCUCGAGAGUCAUCGCUUGGCUCUAUUUCUGGAUUCAAAGUGCGCUAUCCAUCUGUUAACUUACCGAAGCGAAAUGGUGGACACGAUCCUCAUUCAGGAGCUAAAUCAGUGAAUGAGAAAGCAUUGAAAAAGCCACCCCCUCCCAUUCCAACUUCCCUUCCUCCAGCAUUGUUGAGCCAACAAUUGGAUUCCAUCUCAGUACACACGAGAAAUGAUCACCUUGAAAUUAAUGGUGUCUCGGGGGGGAAGGAUAAGGGAAUGGAACCAGGUCGAAUCCACCGUAAAGAGGGUCAUCAAGAUCCAUAUCCAAAUGAUGACAUUAUAUCAAAGUUGACUGAGGAAGAGACUACUUUUGGGCAGGAUGCUCAAGCGAGUACGAGUCAGGAUAUUGUGCAAGGCUAUACACGCAAAUCUCAAAGACCGCCAAUUCCUGCAGCUCAUGCAGUUGGCGUAAACAAUUUUGAUUCGUCUGCAGUAAAUCAAAAGUACAAUCACUCACAUCGUGUGAUGCCUAAUGGUCGUCAAUAUCUGUAUGCAUCAACUGGUCAACCAAUCUAUCAAACAUCCACGCCAAUGCCGACCUUUCCGCCUCCUCAGCCACACAUACAGCCACCGCAUCCAUCAAUUUUGUAUCUACCUUAUGGCUACAGCAAUGGCGCCAUGACUCAAUACCAGCAACUCCCAGGUAGCCUGUACGAUCCUGCACAUCAGCAAUACCAGCAACCUAAUUACCCUCAAUAUUUUUCACACCCUUCUCCCCAAAGCCACCCCAUGAUACCGGCUCACGUUUUGAAACAACAAGAACAAAUCAAAUCUGGAAAGAUGUCCAUACGCAAGGACUAUGCAAUUUGCGGGUUAAGAAAUUUUGGCUCGUCAUGUUACAUAAAUUCAACUAUACAAAUGCUAUUUGGGAUAUAUUCUUUCAAGGUCAUUUUCAAUCGCGGGUACCAAAAAUAUGUCAAGGAUCCCGGGUUUUUGAAGAUAAUGCAGCACCCAGAUUCACACAAGAAAGAUUCAGUUUUAUUGAGCGAAGCAGUUUCAGGAUUGCUUCGCACCUUCCAACAAAAUGGCGGUCUUUCUGUUUCUCCCACCAAGUUUAUUCGAGUCACCUCAUUGCUAAAGCCAGAUUUUAAUAUCCCCCAUGAGCAACAAGAUUCUCAGGAAUUUCUUUUGUUCGUAUUGGAGAGACUACAUGCUGAGUUAUGUGAUAAGAGCUUAGAGUACUUUGAUCCUGAAGUUUUGUGUGCAAAAUGGAACAUCAACGUUUCUGUUGAAAAUCGGUCGUCAUACUUCAAGUGGUGGAGAUCGUUGCAUGAGCACGAGGGAUCCAGUCCCAUCCUGGACUUGUUUCAAGGCCAUUUGCAAAAUAAACUUCGUUGUAACAAAUGCAGCUACGAAUCAAUCACUUACUCGCCCUUCUCAAUAUUAUCAUUGCCGAUACCGAACACCAAGCGACCUAAUGAAGUUGUCGAUUUGACGUCGUGCCUUAGUUACUACAUUCAAGAUGAAACUUUGUCAGGCGAAAAUGCGUGGAGGUGUCCUAAAUGCCAUGGUGAAGUGCCCACCGUUGACAACCACCCAGUUUUCGUCCAAAAGAAGGGCCUUUUCAAAUUGGGUAAAUCAAAGAAAACACCUGCUGCGUCUAAGGGGAAUAAAGUAUCGUCAUCGGAUACGAUUUCCACCAAAUCGCUUAGUUUUGUGAAAUUACCACCCAUUUUGUUUAUUCAUUUAUCCAGAUUUUCUAUGCACAACUUAACCGACAAGCUUAGCACACCAAUUCGGUACCCAAUUGAACUCCGAUUCAACAACCAAGGCCACGAGAUUUUGUACAAGAUAUCGGGAGUUAUCAACCACUUUGGUAAUUUGAAAAGUGGGCAUUAUACUGCACUAAUCAAUAAAUCCACAACAAAUGAGCUGAAACAUGACUUAGAAAAUUUGAAGAACCCAUGCUGGUGUAACUUUGAUGAUGAAAAUGUUCGUUCAAGUGUCAAUAAUGGUACUUUGAGGUUGGGUGUUGAUGGCCAGAGCCAUAGCGUGCUAGAAAUGAUCUCAACGGAUGUUUAUGUGUUGUGUUAUGAACGAGUCGACGCUUAG